GGAAAUUUCUUUUCUAAAAUAUAAGUUUAUUUCCGUAAGUUUACGCAACUCAACCCGGAAACGCUUGUUUAAAUCAAUUUCGGAUAGAUUUCCAAAUUGUACAACAAUACCAGUGACAUCGUGAUGUUUAAUUUUGACGGUGAUUUCCGUCGUCGCCCACAACAAAAUCUUGGUGGCGUAUCGCAGAAAUCCGAUCGUCUUAGUAUUAUCAGAAAGGCCCAGCAGGAGAGACAGAAACGGGAGGAAGCCCGUCGUCAACAGCAUGGGGCCACAGUGAUUCAGAGUUCUGCUAGAAGUUUUGUUCAGCGCCAGACGGUGAAACGUCGGGAGCGGGACUGCUUCGAUGAGUAUCGGAAGGCAAACGGAUUGAAAAGGCUGCCGGACUUAGAGUACCUUAGCAAAAGAAUUCUGUUUUUCUAUCAUGCCAAAAAUAGCAAAGACGGAGAACGAUUGAUUUUUCUCUGUCAGUACUUGAUAAAAAACCAAAAGGAAACUUUCGAGGUUGCCACUACAGAACCCAUCUGGACCUAUCGUUUGAAAAAACUUUUGGGACUAUGUCUACAGCAAAUGUUUAUUCCAGAACAUUCAUCGGCAAUACCUAUUCGAAUGUUAGAAAUCUACUCAUCCAGCAGUUACAUCGAUGAACAUAUCCAUCCCGACAAUCCGCAGGUCAGUCGUCAUUAUCUGGAGAACAUUUUCUGCUACCUAAUACGUCAGCGAUACUUCCAAAUUGUGCGUCAAUUGAUUGAGGAAAAAAUUCCGCCGCUAGACGAAGACACUACGGUUAUUCCAAACCCAAUUGGGGACGCACUGCUCAAGAUGGUACUUCGCCCGCUCCGGUUGAUUUCAACAGCAAGAACUGCGGAAAACGAGCGAUUUAAUUCCAGCAUUCUACAAUCUUUUUGUUUCUACGUUCUCUCGCCAGACUUUUCCAACCAGAUUAAGCACUUUAUUAUUCCUUCAUUGGCGAACAGCUUGGAUUUUCCAUAUAUUGCGCUGGUUCGAUAUAUUGCGGACGAGUAUCAGCUAAGACUGGACUAUCAGAACACGAUUUUGAUCGACAUUGACGAUGAGAUGAAUGAUUCGAUAACUAAACCGGAUGAAGCAGCACAUGGUGGCGAAAGUGCCAGCAAGAAACUUCGAAAGUGUCGAAACAAAGAACAGUUAUUGCUUACUAGUUCGCUGCUGUAUGCUACAAUGAAGUUAGGCGAAAAUCAGUUUGAUAAAUUUAACAGUGUGCCACUGUACAGUGCGUAUGUUAAGGUUUUGUCCUCGAUGGUGAACAACAUAACAAAACUUCCAAAACAAACCCCCGAAGCAUACCACCACCAACAAGAUGAUUCCACCGAUACCGAGUCGGAAUCCGAAGAUGUUCAUAUGCUAACCAAUGCGGAAAAUCAGACUUUGGUGGAUAUAAUUACUAUGCUGAACGAUAAUCAACGAGUAGUUUUUAUGAUAGGACACGUCGACAGUAUACUGGAUAAACCGGACGUUGUACAGCAUCUGUGCUUGAUCUGUCACAAUUUAAUGACCUACAAUAAACUGGCAGUGUAUGAGUACAAACUGUUGUACAUGUUGGCCUCCAAACCGCAAUUCAUUCGAUCGCUUUGGUAUACAUUAACUGCGCAAACCGCUAAUCAAGGAUUUUCUUCGCCGAUUUCUUUGCUGUCCAAAGGAUUAUCAAUCUCCAAAUAUGAUUCGGAUCGAAUUGUACCGAUACUAGCUUCAUUUUGCGCCCUGUUUGGUCGACUUAUUGCAACGCUGCACGACGGAGAAUUUUGCCAGGAGAAUGUUCUGCCUGGAACAGUCAGCAAAAUCAUGCCAUUUACCAUUGCGGAAAUUAUCCCCCUCAGCACAACUCUGAAGGAAAUCUCCUUGGGUUUGGUAGAAUUGGCUUUCCCCGAAACUCGUUCUUCGCUUAAAGAUAGUUAUCGAACCAUGCUCACUUCGCUGAACAACGAGUCAAUCUCACAUUAUCGCCUAAAGUGCGAUCUAAAUGAGCAAAACAAAAAUGUAUGGCCUCAUCUGCUGAAGGUCUGUGUUUCGUUAUUGCGACAAAUUCAUACACGCGAUCUGCGGCGGGCAUUCUGCCCGGAAGGACAUUGGACUGCACAGAAUCUAAAUCUACCACUCGAUAAACCCACCGAUUUGCAUCUGUCCAGGGGACGCCGAGGCCUACGACCAUUUCAACCGAUACGAGACUUUACACGCGAAGAUGUCGAAGAUGGACCACCGCUUUCCACCAAACAGAUUCGCUCUAUUACGAUCCUGCGCGAAAUUCCGUUCGUUGUAGCUUUCAACACGCGAGUUGCCGUUUUCCAGGGUUUGGUGGCUGCGGACAAACUGAGAACUCAGGGCGAUUUGCAGGGGUUCUUGCAAGGACCGUCCAUUCAGUUGACAAUGCGUAGAUCUCACAUAUACGAGGAUGCCUUCGAUAAGCUAAGCCCAAUCAAUGAACCUGAUCUGCGAUCGAAAUUUCGAAUUGAGAUGGUCAAUUCUGUUGGCAUGAGGGAAGCAGGUAUCGAUGGAGGCGGUGUGUUCCGAGAGUUUCUUUCCGAGCUUCUUAAGAACGCGUUCGAUCCACAUCGCGGUUUUUUCAUGAUUACGAAAGACAAUAUGCUGUACCCAAAUCCAAGCGUGGGUAAAAUAGUGGAAGAUUACCAACGACAUUAUUACUUCAUCGGUCGUAUUCUGGGCAAGGCAUUGUACGAAAACUUGUUGGUGGAGUUACCGCUGGCCGAUUUCUUCCUUUCCAAAUUAGCCGGAAAACAUUCUGACGUAGAUAUUCAUCAGUUGGCAUCACUCGACCCAGUACUGCAUAGGAAUCUUAUGUCACUAAAGGCCUAUGAAGGCGAUGUAUCGGAUUUGGGAUUAGAUUUUACUAUAGUCUGUGAUGAGCUAGGCGAAACUAGAGUAGAAGAGCUUAAACCGAACGGUGCCAAUAUAACAGUCAACUCGUCCAACCGACUGGAGUACAUUCAACUGAUGGCAGAUUUUAAGUUGAAUAAGCAGAUACGAUCACAAUGUCUUGCAUUCCGACAAGGCCUGGCGAAUGUGCUGCCUAUUGAGUGGUUGUACAUGUUCAGCAAUAAGGAGCUACAGGUUUUAAUAUCAGGCGCUCAAAUUCCAGUUGAUAUGCACGAUCUUCGACAGAAUACACGAUACGGUGGCGACUUCACGAUAGAACAUCCCACAAUACAGCUAUUCUGGAAGGUGGUCGAAGAAUUCGAUGAUAUUCAGCGGCGACAACUGCUCAAGUUUGUAACCAGCUGCUCUCGGCCGCCAUUGUUGGGGUUUAAGGAUUUAGAUCCUCCGUUUUGCAUCCAGAACGCCGGCGAUACGGAUCGUCUUCCAUCAGCAAGCACCUGUAUGAAUCUGCUCAAAUUACCCGCGUUCGAAAAAGAGGACAUACUGCGAGAAAAGUUGCUGUACGCAAUACAAAGCGGUGCUGGCUUCGAACUGAGUUAAGGUUAGAUAUAUGUUGUGCUUCUGGACAGUGGUAAAUUCCAGCGAUUGUUAUUUGUCAACCGCAUUGGUCCGUUUUUUUAUGUAACGCACCGUAGAGCAACAAUACUGCUCGGGUUUUGGUAAAUGUUUCCUUAAUAGUUUGCUUCAUUUCCGGUGGAACGCAGGAACGUCUGUCCGAGGUUUUUGGCAGAGCAAGAUGUAAGCAAUUGUAUGAAUAUAUUUAUUUCGUGAUACUAUUUUAUCGGUAAAAAAUGAUAUUCCUUGCAAAAUAACAAAUAUUGCAUGAAAAAAAGAU